AUGCUUGUAAGCAAGAGGAACAAACAGGAUGAUGAAAAAGUAUAUAUAUAUCUUCAAACAAAUUUGUUGAUAUGUAGGCCGGCCGACUAUUACACAAUUUUUUUUUGCGGCUGGCCACUAAACCAUUGGUGGAAAUCACACCAACAUAAUGAUGAUAUACCACGGAUAAAAUUCAAUCGAUCAUCAUCAUCAUCAUCAUCAUCAUCAUCAUCAUCAUCAUCAUCAUCAUCAUCAUUCGUUAGAAGCAUGAACCCUACUUCUGCAUUACCUCCACAUGGAACAAAUAAGUGGUUUUAUGACGUUUAUGACGGAAUUCGAUACUGCAUAGAGGGAAAAAUGAAAAAGUUUUCACCCUUGUUUCUCGCAUUUGGAGAAGCAAAACGUCGAUUUGGAACAAAAGUAAAUUAUGCCGACAGCAGAUCUUUGGAUGCCUAUCCUUAUAGAUUCCGCAUUAUUUUCAGCAUUUGA